AUGAUUGUUUCUUCAAUUGCUAAAUUUCAUAUUGGACUUUUACCACAGCAUUGGUAUAUAAAUAUAUCAGUUAUGGAGGCAGAUUCAACACUUUCAAAUAUACCAGCAAUUUCAUUGUUAUCAAAUAAUAGAUUUG